CCUAAACGUCCACACUGGAAAUAAAUAGUGGUGAGAUUGGAACUGAGAUUAAGGGUAUGAAAGAGAUUCUGACAAUCAAUGAUAAACUCUCUACUAGUACUAAACAAGUGAUGGGCUCUCAUGCAGAUUCUUCUGAUGAAAACAAGGAGCGUGGAAAUUGGUCCAGGAAAUCAGAUUACUUGCUGUCUAUGAUUGGCUAUGCUGUAGGGUUGGGGAAUGUCUGGAGAUUUCCUUAUCUUGCAUACAAGAAUGGAGGAGGGGCAUUUCUCAUACCGUAUACAUUAAUGCUUGCAUUUGCUGGACUCCCCCUUUUCUUCCUGGAGUGUUCCAUGGGACAAUUUUCCAGUUUGGGACCAAUUUCAGUAUGGCGGGUCGUGCCAAUUUUACAAGGUGUCGGUAUCACUAUGGUCCUCAUAACAACAUUUGUGUCCAUUUACUACAAUGUUAUAAUUGCCUACAGUUUAUAUUACAUGUUUGCUUCCUUUCAAACGGUGUUACCCUGGUCCGAUUGCUUUAGUUGGGCUGAUGCUAACUGCAGUAAGACCACACGAGGUGUAUGCAAUGUAUCUCAGGCUGAUAAUACAGUCACAAUGAAUCUAACUUGGGUACAUGAAAAUAAUAUGACCUGCAUGGCUAGCAGUACAGUACUGGAUGAAGUAGACCUGCCAAGCAAGCAGUACUGGGAGAAAGUAACACUGCGUCGCUCUAACACCAUGGAUGAGACUGGUGAUGUGGUCUGGUACCUAGCUCUUUGCCUACUCUUAGCUUGGAUAAUCGUUGGAGCAUCCCUUUUUAAAGGAAUAAAAUCAUCAGGGAAGGUGGUGUACUUCACUGCGAUAUUCCCAUAUGUAGUCCUUCUCAUACUUCUGGUUCGAGGUGCCACUUUAGAAGGAGCAUAUGAAGGGAUUGACUUUUAUAUUGGGAAACAAUCAAACAUUACAAAACUAAUGGAAGCAGAGGCUUGGAAAGAUGCCGCCACUCAGAUACUAUUUUCCCUUUCCACGGCAUGGGGAGGACUUAUUGCUCUCUCCUCCUACAACAAAUUCCACAAUAACUGCUACUCAGACGCUAUAGUGAUUUGUAUAACAAACUGCGCAACCAGUGUGUUUGCCGGAUUUGCCAUAUUUUCCAUACUUGGACAUAUGGCUCAUGUGUCUAAGAAAUCGGUUUCAGACGUAGUAGAUUCAGGCUUUGGUUUGGCAUUUAUCGUGUAUCCAGAAGCUUUAACACAGUUACCAAUUUCUCCUCUUUGGUCAUUCCUGUUUUUCUUCAUGCUCCUCACCCUGGGUUUAGACUCUCAGUUUGCAAUGAUAGAAACGAUCACAACAUCUAUACAAGACGCCUUUCCUGAUCUCAUGAAGAAAAGACGGAUCCUUGUCACUAUUUGCUGUUGUGCUGUUCUGUUUCUGCUUGGUCUGGUCUGUGUUACCCAGUCAGGAAUUUUCUGGGUAAACCUGAUUGAUUACUUCUGUGGCGGAUGGGCCAUCCUCUUUGCGGCCGUGCUUGAGCUGGCAGGAAUAUGCUGGAUAUAUGGUGCUAAUAAGUUCAUUAAGGACAUUGAAAUGAUGAUUGGGAAAAAGCACUGGAUCUUCUGGUUGUGGUGGAGAGUGUGUUGGUUAUUUGUGUCACCAGCCCUGUUAACGGCAAUCCUCUUGUGGUCUCUGAUUACUUUUGAAUCCCCAUCAUAUGGCACCAUAAAGUAUCCUUCCUGGGCAACAUCUAUCGGCUGGUGUAUAAUCUCUUUUUGCGUUAUGUGGAUUCCAAUUCUAGCUGUAGUAAACCUUUUCCGUGCACGAGGAAACUUCCUGCAGAUCUGUAGACCAGCUGACAACUGGGGACCUGCUCUAAUCCAGCACCGGGGAGAACGUUACAAACACAUUCCGGAUAGUAGUAAAGUAAAGGAUGUUGUAGAGAUCCCGACAGUGAGCGACAUGAUGGGAUAUGAUAACGAUGCCUACUUUUGAUGGGAACCCUUAACAGAUGGCUGGCCUACUGGGAUCUAAAUCAAGAGUCAAUUUAAUUUUUUUAUGCAAAAGACUGUACUGUCAGAAUAGUGUACAUAAAUGUAUUUAAUUUUGUGUGCAAUAAACUAUUGAAUCAAA